AUGGCACCUACACCCUGCGUUCGAUGUGAAAAGAACAGGGCUGUUGUAAAGCGACCCAAGAACCACCAUAAACUGUGCCGGGACUGCUUCAUUCAAGUUUUUGAAGAUGAAGUUCAUCAUACAAUCAUAUCAUCAAAACUCUUCUACCGGGGUGAACGAGUUGCUAUUGGUGCUUCGGGUGGCAAGGAUUCAACAGUCUUGGCCUCUGUGAUGAAAACUUUGAACGAACGUCACGACUAUGGGCUAGAUCUUGUGUUGCUCAGUGUGGACGAAGGUAUCAAGGGAUAUCGAGACGAUUCACUUGAGACAGUGAAGCGAAAUGCUGUUCAGUACGAGAUGCCUCUGGAGAUUGUUGGCUACGACGAGCUGUACGGAUGGACCAUGGACCAGGUCGUUGAAACCAUUGGAAAGAAGGGAAACUGCACAUAUUGUGGUGUUUUCCGACGCCAGGCUUUGGACCGCGGGGCCAAGAAAUUGGUCAUUCAGCAUGUUAUUACCGGCCACAACGCCGACGAUGUCGCCGAGACUGUCCUUAUGAACCUUUUACGAGGAGACAUGCCCCGGUUAUCUCGAAGCACCAGCAUUAUCACCGGAAAUUCAAGCAGUGAAGUUAUGAGAAGCAAGCCUCUCAAGUAUGCAUAUGAGAAGGAGAUUGUUCUUUAUGCCCACCACAAGAAGCUGGACUACUUCAGCACAGAAUGCAUAUACAGCCCAGAAGCUUUCAGAGGCACGGCGCGAGGGCUGAUAAAGAACCUGGAAAAAGUGCGGCCAAGUGCCAUCUUGGACAUUGUCAGAAGUGGAGAGGACAUGGCCCGACUUACGCCUGACAAGGGUCAAGGGGCAUGUGGUUGUGACGAAGGCGAGGGCAUUGGAGGCUGUGGUUCAGCCAACGGGCGAACUUCAGGUAACGAGAUGGCCCAGAUCGAGGCCAGCUUGAAGAAGCAACCCGAGUCUGCAGCUCUUGAGACAGAGAUCACAGCCAACGGAACUCCCAAGGAUGAUGCGGUGCCUCUACCAGUAAGGACAAAGAAGCCAAAGCAGAAGGAAGGGCCAUCUGCACCAAAGCAGAGCCUAGGCAAGUGCGUCAAGUGUGGCUACAUGUCAAGUCAGGCCAUGUGUCAGGCUUGCACGUUGCUGGAGGGCCUGAAUAAGAAUAGAGCAGAGAUAGCGAUAUAA